GCACGCACGCACGCACGCACGCAGGCGCACACUCACCGGGCUUUCUCGCCACCGACGACCGCAACAUGAGCACGAAAGCUCUUUGGCGACGUUAACGGCCACCCCAGAAGCUGCGCACCGAGGGGCGACAGAGACGAACAUUUCUUUUACCGAGUCAAGCGACGUCGAUGCUGCACUCGCUGACGUUCAGCUUUUAGCAGCCGAGAGGUUGGGAGGCACACCGCCGACAUGAUGUCCUCCAGCGAUGACGUUCGAGGGGAAGGGUCUCUGUUCUCUGAUCAAAACCCAUCCGAACUGGAUGCUCUGUGUCCUUCCCCUCCAGGACCCUCAAGAACACAACGCCACUACGAGAGGAUCGGCACGCGGACCGGUACCUCUUUCUGUCAGACUCUGAUCCACCUCCUGAAGGGCAACAUCGGCACCGGGCUGCUGGGUCUGCCUUUGGCGGUCAAGAAUGCAGGCCUGGUGCUUGGUCCGAUCAGCCUGCUGUGCAUGGGCGUCAUCGCAGUCCACUGUAUGAGGGUGCUGGUCGACUGUUCCCACCACCUCAGUGCAAAGAUGAACAGGCAGUCUCUGACGUAUGGCGAGGCGGUCCAGUAUGGCAUGGAGAAUGUGUCGUGGCUCAGGAGACACUCACAGUGGGGAAAACGGACAGUCAACUUAUUUCUCAUCAUCACCCAGCUCGGCUUCUGCUGCGUCUACUUUGUCUUCCUAAGUGACAAUGUGAAGCAGGUGGUGGAAGCGGCCAAUGCCACCACCUUCAACUGCCAGGUGAACGGCAGCAACCAGACACAGGUCCUGGUGCCCAGCUUUGACUCGCGCCUCUACAUGCUUUGCUUCCUGCCUGCCUUUAUCCUACUGGUCUUCACGCCGAACCUCAAGUACCUGGCGCCGCUCUCGCUUAUCGCCAACCUGGUCAUGGCCGCCAGCCUGGUCCUCAUCUACUUCUACUCCAUCAUGCACAUCAAAUACCCCAUUGACCUUCCGGUUGUGGGCCGAGUCAAAGACUACCCGCUCUUCUUCGGGACGGCCAUCUUUGCCUUUGAAGGGAUUGGAGUGGUCCUUCCACUGGAGAACAAGAUGCACAGGCCUCAGAGUUUCCCGCUGGUCCUCUACCUUGGAAUGGGCAUCGUCACCUUCCUCUACAUCAGUCUCGGCACCAUCGGGUACAUGUGCUUUGGCGCCGACAUCGGCGGCAGCAUCACCCUCAACCUGCCCAACUGCUGGACCUACCAGGCCGUCAAGCUGCUCUACUGUUUCGGCAUCUUCAUCACGUUCGCCCUGCAGUUCUACGUCCCCGCCGAGAUCCUCAUCCCGUCGGCCGUAGCUCGCGUGUCCGAGCGUUGGGAGAUGGCCGUCGACCUGCUGCUCCGCGCUGUCCUGGUCGUCUUCACAUGCGCCCUCGCCAUCCUGAUCCCGGAGCUGGACCUGGUCAUCUCGCUGGUGGGCUCGGUCAGCAGCAGCUUCCUGGCGCUCAUCUUCCCGCCCAUCCUGCAGGUGCUCACCUUCCAGGGCGAGGGCUUGUCGCCAGCGUCGCUCGCCAAAAACCUGGCCAUCAGCCUGGUGGGCCUGGUGGGCUUCCUGACCGGCACCUACGUGGCCAUCGAGCAGAUCGUCACCCGCAACGCGCUCAAACGCGAGCUCCAGUAGCCACGCCGCCGAGACAUUUUAUUGAGGGCCAGGUGUUUUUAUUCAGCAUCACCGUGCAGUACGUGUGUGUGUGUGUGUGUGUGUGUGUGUGUGUGUGUGUGUCCGCCAUGUUGUACGCUACUCAGUCCGUCAGGUAGGUGCUCGCUUCUUUUUACAUUUGAGUUUGUUGACACUUAGUCAAACUACCUCAACAAGUUUUGUUUUUACCGACACGCUUGUUAGUACCUUUGACCUUUUUAUUUUUGUUUUUUGCCAUGACCCGAUAAACAAAAUUCAAGUUGCACUUUGAUUUUAAUGCCUUAUGCAGUAAAACAGCACGAAAAAAUGGACAGAAAAGACACACCAUCAUUCUAGCAUGUAUUUUAACCGCAAAAAGAUGGUUGUGCUUUGAGUUUAUCAGCGGGACCAGUUUAAAACAAAGUUGAAACCAGCGGCCAUUUUGUUGACAGUGUUUACCAAAGAUAUUUUUUCCCUUUAAUUCAUUUAACACACAUGAAUUGAACAGCACGAGGAGAUUCAUUUGAAAACAUCAAAAAAUGCACUUUAGCAAAUUUUCGCAUCUUCCAGAUGUUACAAAUUCCAAAAUGAAUGUUGAGCUCACUGCCGUUCAGCCACAUUUUAGUUUUCUGUCAAUACACUUGAUAUCACACAUUGUUAGCUCCCCCACGAUUUACUAGACUGUUGGGUGAGGAUUUAGGGUUAGGUUCAGGAAUUAAAUUUGAGUUAAAUUUUGGGUUUAGGAUUAGGGUCCCACUGGUGGAUCACUGGAUUAUUAAAUCCAAUCAAAGACAACCCUGCAAUGACCAAAUUCUAUCAACUCUUUUUGUCCUUAAUACUCCAUUUUUUAUUAUGUUCACUUUUGCAUUGUCUUUUAACUGAAAAAAAAAGUGUGUACUAAAAACAUUUAUUUUUUUAAUUAAAGCGGCACAUCUUUUUAGAUGUUCACAAGACUGUCAUUUACAAUUUAUCGUGUGUGUAAUAUAUAUAUAUAUAUAUAUAUAUAUAUAUAUAUACACAAAGUGAGAACCAUAUGUUGGAUAUAUAUAAAAAGAUGCUGGAUCACGUCCAUGCAUCGUAACCACAUUGUAACUGAGGGACUUUCAAACUUUUCAUUCAUUUGCGUGUCCAGCUCGCUUAAGACAAACGUCACGUGGUGACCAUAAAUCACAAUCAAGUGUAACGCAUCAGUGUUAAGUGUUGAACUUAGUUUUAUUUCUGAAGACAAAUGCAAAUUGUUUGUACAUUUCCAUUUCCACUCAUAACUCCCUGCCAACAAUAAAGAACAUUGAAAACAAA